CUGAGAACUGUUUGUUGACAUUAGUACGUCAUACGGCCGUGUUGUAGACCGCUCUACCGAGUCGCAUCUCGCGUUUUUAAUAUAAAUUACCUGAAUUUACACCAAACUUCCACGUUACACCUGUACAGUGAAAGCGUUAAAGUGUAUCAUUGACAUUGUUGGAUUGAACGUAAUACGAAUGGCGAAGUUAUUGUGAAUGAACAAAAAGAGCGGGGAAAAUCUGUGCAAAUGUCGCUUGUUCGGCUAUUUUUAGCUGUACACACGGCGCGAUAACCAUGUUAUAAAUAUUUUUGUGUAUUAACAUUAGAAUAUUAUGCAUUUGUCGAAAGUUAAUGGAAAAUAAUUUUGAAAUCAUCAAGUUUUAAUCGCUGAAUUGACUUAUUAGAAAAGCGAAGGCGCCUAAACACGUUUGACAGUUCGUGGACACACACAGAUACAACCGGCAGACGGCGCAUGUGUGCGUAAACACAAGUGAUGUGAAAUUGUUGCGCUUAUCGAUUAGUAAGAUAAUUUCAAGGACAUUGUUAUACAAGUCUUUCCUUUUAUAUCCAAAUAUGACCGUCAUAAAUCAAAUAUGAUAUUUUAACAUUAACAAUAUUUUUUAUUUUCUUUAAUCAUGGAGUCGUUUAAAGAGCAAGUAAAAAGUUUUGACACUGAAACAAGUAGUGAAUUAGCAACAGGUUGUGAUGCAGGACUUUCCGAAAAUUUAAAGGGAUCUGAUGCAUUCCUGACAAGUAUUGACAAUGUCUCUAUAAUUGGAGAAAACGUUGUUAUUGGAGGUAGAGAUUUAUCUCUAGAUCCCAAUAGGAUUGGGCCAAGUGAAUUAGGGGAUACUUCCCCGGACAUGGAAACACCAAAGAUUCUAGAUUCGCCAAUGCUAGAACAUGAACACGUACAAAUUAUAAACGCAGAAGAGAAAAAUAUUACAGACGUACAAAAUUCAGAAACGUCGAGGGAGGAAAAAGAAGAAUCUUUGGACGAACAAAAACCGGAAACUUUAAAAGCACAAAAAUUAGAUGUUCGAGACAUAAAAAUGCCAGAAUCUCCGCAAAAGCAAGGACAAAAAUCACCACAAAUAUCAGACACUCCAAAACUAAGUGAAGAUCUAGAAAAAUCUAAACGUCAUAAAUUUUUAAAACUAACACUGACAAAGAAUAAAGACGAUGUUUUCGUGAGACCAUCGCCAAUUGCAGAGGUUAUGUCUCCCGCGAGAAUGUUACAAUUUGAAAUUGACGUAACAACCAGCUCCACACCGACUAUGAAACGUGCUGCUAUUGAUUUUAAUUUCUUCAACGAAAACAAUUUUGAGGAAUACUUUACUGACGUACCUAAAAAUACUGAUGGAGAGGCGAAAACUGUAGAAGAAGCGUACAUAGAGACACCGGUUAUUGUAAAAACCGAUACUGUGCGACACGAAAUUGGCUAUGUCAAUCUGAACGGUGCAUCAAAAGUGGAUAUAUCACAUUUCGAUUUACUCAAAGUUCUCGGUACUGGAGCUUACGGGAAAGUGUUCCUAGUUAGAAAGAGAUGCGGCGUGGACGAGGGCAAGCUCUAUGCGAUGAAGGUUUUGAAGAAAGCUUCAAUUGUACAGAAAUUGAAGACCGCAGAACAUACAAGGACCGAAAGACAGGUUUUAGAGGCGGUGAGAGCGUGCCCCUUCCUUGUCACCCUACACUACGCCUUUCAAACAGACGCCAAGCUACAUUUAAUAUUAGAUUACGUAGCUGGUGGCGAAUUGUUCACACAUCUAUACCAGAGGGAACACUUCCAUGAAAACGAGGUCCGGAUAUACAUCGCAGAGAUUAUACUCGCACUUGAACAGUUGCAUAAGCUCGGCAUCAUCUACCGAGACAUCAAGUUAGAGAAUAUUCUACUGGAUGCGGAAGGUCACAUCGUGCUUACGGACUUCGGUCUAUCCAAAGAGUUCUGCGGCGGAGAGAGUCGAGCGUACAGCUUCUGUGGUACCAUCGAGUAUAUGGCGCCCGAGGUGGUCAGGAGUGGCAGCCAGGGUCAUGAUAUUGCAGUCGACUGGUGGUCUGUCGGCGUGCUUACAUAUGAGCUACUUACUGGCGCGUCUCCAUUCACCGUCGAGGGUGAGAGGAACACGCAGCAGGAGAUCACUAAAAGAAUUGUACGCUGCAGCUACCCCGUGCCUAAUGAAGUCAGCCCUCAAGUACAGGAUUUUAUAAAGAAGCUCCUGGUGAAGGAUCCAAGAAGACGUCUGGGAGGCGGCGAGGGUGAUGCUGAGGAGCUAAAGAGACAUCCAUUCUUCCAGGAUUUGGAUUGGGGCGCGGUGUCCCGCCGGGAGGUGCCCGCCCCCUUCGUGCCCGCGUUGUCGCACGCCGCUGACACGUGCAACUUCGCGGACGAGUUCACUCGCAUGCCGCCCACUGACUCGCCUGCGCAGGCGCCGAGACAUCACGAUAAAUUGUUCCUAGGUUACUCUUACGUGGCUCCGAGUAUUCUGUUCUCAGAGAAUAUCAUCUCUGACCAGAUUUGGAUGCAGGCGACGGGACAAAAACACGAUAAACUUAAAGGCUGGGUGGCAAAGGACUCUCCGUUCUUCCAGAAGUACGCGGUGGACUUGAGCACUCCUCUGUUGGGUGACGGCUCCUACUCCGUCUGCAGGAAGUGCAUACACAGACAGACGGGCAAAGAUUACGCUGUUAAGAUAAUCUCAUCACAAAAGAAGGACGUGAAACAAGAAAUAGAACUACUGAAGGCGUGUCAGGGAUGUCCAUACAUUAUCACGCUGCAUGAAGUCUUCCAUGAUUCUGCAUUCACAUACAUAGUAAUGGAGCUGGCUAGCGGUGGCGAGCUGAGCGGUCACUUUGGUGCGGCCGGUCUUGGGGAGCAGGUGGCGCGCCGGCUGCUCACACAGCUCGCACUCGCCACACGACACAUGCACGCUCGGAGAACUGUACACAGGGACCUCAAGCCGGAGAACAUUCUGUUGACGUCAUCUCGUUUGCACGAGGCUCGUGUGAAAGUGGUGGACUUUGGUUUUGCACGACGUCUGCCCGACCACGAGGACAGGCCUCGUAUGAUGACGCCCUGCUUCAGUUUGCCGUACGCUGCUCCGGAGGUGGUGUCUUGUGCGCGCUCCUCCACUGCUCCAGGCUACGGCCCCGCCUGCGACCUCUGGAGUCUUGGUGUUAUAUUUUACUGCAUGUUGUGCGGCAAAGCGCCAUUCCAGCCGGUGUCCAACAAGGAACCAGUCACCGCCUUCAUGGAUAGGAUCAGAACUGGAAGCUUCUCUAUGGAUGGUGCAGUAUGGGAAGAUAUAUCAAGUGACAGUAAGCGACUGGUGCGCGGUUUACUUUGUGCGGAGAGUGCUCGGCUCAGCUUAGCUGAGCUGCUGACUGAGCUCGGCUGCAGCGAGGAUAGCGCAGCCUUCAAACUGGCUGACAUGACCAAAGCGGACCUCUACAAACGUCGACGUAGCAAGAACAAGCAGCGGAAAUCUAGUUCCGAUACAGAAGGCGCCAUCGAGGAAGAUGACACACAAGAGACCUCACUCCUCCUCACCAUAAACAACCUCAAGAGCAGAAUGAACAAGAAUUCCAUAGAGCACGAUGUGGAACUAAUACGUGCUAACACUCAGGACACGCCCCUUACAGAACAAGACCCGCCCACUUACGAUGCAGACGAAGUACCCACAGUCAAACCGGUUGAAAAGACCUACGCAAAAUCUAGAUCCAAAUUAGAUGACUACAUUUAUAUAGAAAGCAGUCAAGGUUUAGAUGAAACAGAAGUCGCUUUCCCCAAAGGUAGCAGGAUAAAGAAGAAAGAAUCACAAUCACCACCGACUAAACGGCGGAGAAUUGAAACUAGACAAUCAAAGAAACUAAAUGGUGAUGCAGAGAAACCACCAACACCAAAACGUGGUAGAGGUAGACCGAAAAAGAGUCAGCCAGAAAAAAGAGUUCUAAGAAGUAAGAGCGUAGAGAAGAAGACAAGAGCCACAAAUGAAUCGAUCGAAAAUGAUAAAAACACCAAAGUAACAAGAAAGAGGAAACGAGAAGAUACCAAACCGGUAUUAAGAGAGAAAGGUCAGAAUGGACAUUCUUCUAGAACAAGCGAAGAGCCGAAAACUAGGAAAAUUGUUAGAGCUAAAAGAGAAUUACCACAGAUUAAUAUAGAAGACAAUGUUAGAAUGACUCGUUCUAGACGGAGAAGAAUGGAGAUCAGUUUAUCUCCUUCUCAAGUCAAGAGCGUGAUACCAGCUUUCUCUUUUGAAUCGGAUCGUAGAGUUGAUUCUGUGGAAAGUGUUAAUACCAAAGGUAAAAGAAAGACGCAAAGCAAAGCUAAAAAGACUCCGGUUAGAACGACGCGCGCCACAACUCGUAGGUGAAAGUAAUAUAAUCCGGUUUGCGUCUUUGACACACAUUUGUCAUGUCAUAAUAAAAACAUGACUAUUUGAAUCGGUGGGCAAAAUUCAAACUAAAUUAUC